GAAAUGGCUGUGCAGCUCGAGCAGUAGUGUCAUCGGUCGCACGAUCCGACUGUUUUCCAAAACCGCAUUCGCGGGGUUCUUUUUCGGUUUUUUUGAUUGUCUGUUGUUGUUUAAGUUUUCGGCUGUUCUGUUUAAGUUCUGUGCGUGUGCGUGUCUCUGCUAAAGGGAGGAGGCUUGUUGCAUUUCGUAUCAUUUGCGGGCUGCCGGACCCGACUGCUCGACUCUCGGUGCGUGUUGUUGUGCGUGUGCGUGCCAGAGCACAGUUGUCCAAUUCCCAAUCCUUCCAGCGCCGUUGCCAUCCUCCGCUGCAAUCCGGUAGCAGGGUCAGGAGGAGGAGGCACUUGUUUCCAAUCAACACAGCAAGCAGCAGCAGCACCACCACCAAUCGUCCACCCGGCCGACGGUGGCGGUGUGACACGCAGUGAAUCAGACAAGUGAAAUUAGAAGAAAAAAAACUCUGUUUUGUGUGUGCGUGUGUGUGCCAGUCGUACCUGUGCAUCAGGUCCGAGCCGUGGAGUUUAGGGCUUGUUGCGGCGCGGAACAAACAAAACUGAUCGACGAGAGAGAGAGAGAAAGAGAGAGAGAAAGAGAGAGAGAAAGCGAGAGAGGGUUUUGCGGCAACGGCGGUGGGUGUCAUCGCUUCUUCUACUUCUUCGCUUCCACCCUCUAUCAACCAUCCAACUUCAAUAUACCCCGUCGUCGUCCCCUCGCCCAACGUGCGCGAAGAUCUUGCCGUAACACUGCGUGCACGCGCGUGUGUGUGUGUGUGCGCGCGCGUGCCCGAACCUUGUGCGUGUGCAUGCAGCAGCAGGGCAGGCAGGCAGGCAGGCAGGCAGGCAGGCAGUGAUUUAUCAAAUGUAAAACAAUAAUUAAACACAUUGGACGCACACACACACCACCACCACCAUCCACACACAAAUACAACCACCCACCCGCCCGAGACAACAACCACCCACAACAAAAAGCGCGCCGCGCUUGGCACGAGAUAUGGCAACCAAGAAAACGAUGGACGACGCUCGCAGGGAACGGUUGGUCGCCCUGGAGCAAAAAAUUCGCGACCCAGCCAGCAUCGGCAACAUCGAAUGCCUGCUGGACACGCUGACCGCCCUCGUGGCGGACUGCGAUCACGACAAUGUGAAGAUCAUCAAAAACAUCGAAACGUUCAUCAAACGCUAUAAAAGUCUAGCGACUGACAUCACCAGCCUGCGCAUGAACCCGGACGACUUCACCUUCAUCAAGCUGAUCGGGCGCGGCUCGUUCGGCGAGGUGCUGCUGGUGCGCCAGAAGGCGACCAGGCAGGUGUACGCGAUGAAGCGGCUGUCCAAGUACCAGAUGCUGACGCGCUCCGACACCGCCUUCUUCUGGGAGGAGCGGUACAUCAUGGCGAACGCGAACUCGGACUGGAUCGUGAAGCUGCACUACGCGUUCCAGGACGCGAAGUACCUGUACAUGGUGAUGGACUUCAUGCCGGGCGGCGACAUCGUCGGGCUGAUGAACGUGUACGAGAUACCGGAGAAGUGGGCGCUGUUCUACACGAUGGAGGUGGUGCUGGCGCUCGACACGAUCCACCAGAUGGGCUUCAUCCAUCGGGACGUGAAGCCGGACAACAUGCUGCUGGACAAGUACGGCCACCUGAAGCUGGCGGACUUUGGCACGUGCAUGCGCAUGGACGACGACGGGCUGGUGCGGUCCUCGAACGCGGUCGGCACGCCGGACUACAUCAGCCCGGAGGUGCUGCAGUUCCAGGGCGUGAAGGGCGGGUACGGGCGCGAGUGCGACUGGUGGUCGGUCGGUAUCUUCCUGUACGAGAUACUGAUCGGCGACACGCCCUUCUUCUCGGACAGUCUCGUCGGCACCUACGGCAAAAUUAUGGACCACAAAAACUGUCUCGAGUUUCCGGACAACGCGCGCAUCAGCGAGAACGCCAAAUCGCUGAUCAAGGGCUUCCUGUCCGACCGGACGGUGCGGCUCGGCCGCCACAGCGUCGAGGAGAUCAAGUCGCACCCGUUCUUCGAGAACGACACGUGGACGUUCGAGAACCUGCGCCAGUCGGUGCCGCCGGUCGUGCCGGAGCUGAGCAGCGACGACGACACGCGCAACUUCGAGGAGGUGAAGCGGAAGAGCAGCAUCGGCACCAACUUCCCGACGCCCACCACCUUCGCCGGGGACCAUCUGCCGUUCAUCGGGUUCACCUACUCGCCCGACUACCAGCUGCUGGCGGGCGAGCCGGAACCGGCGGACGGGGACGGCAGCGCCGGCGACACGACCGACAACCGGGAGGGGACGGGCGCGAAGGUGCACCGGCACCGCCCGUCGAACAAUGCCGAGCUGAUGCGGCUGGAGAAUCUGGUGCAGCGCCAGAAGCAGACGAUCGAGGCGCACGAAAAGCAGGAGCGCACGCUGCGCCAGCAGAUCGAGCUGAUCACGAAGCGCGAGUCCGACAUCCAGACGGUCGCGAACGAGUACGAGCGCGACCUGACGAUGCUGAAGCACAACUUUCGCGAGGUGCAGCGCCGGGCGGACGGCGAGCUGGAGGCGCGCAAGAAGGUCGAGUGCGUGCUGGUGGAGACGAAGCAGCGGCUGCAGGAGGAGUGCAAUCUGCGGACGCGCGAGCAGAACAGCGUCCAGCAGUACACCGACCGGAUCGGGGCGCUCGAGAAGCAGUUGGCGGAGGUGCAGGAAAAGUACAAGGCGGAGGUGGAGUCGGGCCAGAAGAGCAAGAAGCUGAUCGCGGAGCUGCGGCUGCUGAGCAGCAACGCGGAGCAGAAGGCGCUCGACCUGCAGUCGAUGAUGCUCGGGCUGCAGACGAUGCGCGACAUGCUGCAGCAGGAGCUGGCGGAGCUGCAGAGCCAGCUGACGCAGGAGCGGAGCACGCGCAUCAAGCGGACGGAGCUGCAGAAGGAGCUGGAGGUAAAGGUGCAGUCGAUGUGCACCGAUAUGGAGCGGAUGGCGGCCCGGGAGCAGCAGGUCUUUGCGGACAACCGCACCCUGGUCGACCGGAUCUCCGAGCUGGAGAAGGAGUAUGCGUCGGUCGAGUGCGAGCUGAAGGCGGUCCAGUGCCGGUACGAGCAGGAGGUGCAGGCGCACCAGGAGACGGCCAAGGCCCGGCUGCUCAACAACGAGGAGGCGAACAUGCAGGAGGUGAAAGCGCUACAAAACAAGCUCACCGAGGAGAAGCUGGGCCGUCAGAAGGCGGAGCAGAACUCGCAGGAAAAGGAGCGGCAGCUGUCGAUGCUCUCGGUUGACUACCGUCAGAUCCAGCAGCGCUUGCAAAAGCUUGAAGGCGAAUAUCGGCAGGAAUCGGAAAAGGUGGUCGCCCUGCACAGUCAGCUCGAGCAGGAGCAGAGCAAAAAGAACAGCCUGCUGUCGGAAAUUAGCCUCCAGAGCUCGGAGGUCGCCCACCUCAAGUCGAAGGAGAUGCAGUCGCAGAAGGAGGUGCAACAGCUGCGGGAUGCGCGCAAAAAGCUGGAGGAGGACGUCAGCAACAUCAAAAAGCAGCACAACACAGACAUUCUGCAGAUGAAGGAAGUCCAGGACCAGCUGGAGGUUGAACAGUACUUCUCUAAGCUGUACAAAACGCAGUACAACGAGCUGCGGGAUGAGAUGAAGGACCGGAUGCGCCAGCUGCAGAAGCUGGACGAUGAGCGGAGCAACAUCAUGCACCAGCUGCAGCUGGCGAAUGCGCGCGCCGACACAGAGGCGCUCGCGCGCUCGAUCGCGGAGGAGACGGUCGCCGACCUGGAGAAGGAGAAAACGAUGAAGGAGCUCGAGCUGAAGGAUCUGCUCACCAAGCACCGGAACGAGCUGAUGGCGAAGGAGGCGCUCGUCACCUCGCUGAAGGAUGCGGAGGCCGAGCUGAAGAAGUCGCUCGGCAACAAGGAGUACGAGCUGGAGGACGUGCUGCAGCAGAGCAAGAAGCAGCAGGAGGAGCUGUACCGGCUCAAGUACGAGCUCGGCGAGCUGGACAAAUGUCGGGCGAAGCUGGUGAACGAGACGAUCCUGAAGCAGCAGGCGGUGAACAAGCUGGCGGAGAUCAUGAACCGCAAAGACAACAACCUGACCGGCAAGCAGAAGAUGAAGGUCAACUCGACGGCGGAGCUGCGCAAGAAGGAGAAGGAAAGCAAGCGGCUGCAGCAGGAGCUGUCGGUCGAGCGGGCGAAGUACGACGAGAUGUGCCAGAAGCACAACGAAACCGUCAGCCUGCUGGCGCGCCAGAUUGAUGUCAACACCAAGCUCCAGAUGGAGAUCGACUGCAAGGCGACGGAAAUCGAACACUUGCAGAUGAAGCUGAUCGAGACGGCCUCGCUGUCCUCGGUCGACAACGACAUGAUGGAGGAAAACCAGGACUCCAUCUUCGAGGGCUGGCUGAGCGUGCCGAACAAGCAGAACAUCAAGCGGCACGGCUGGAAGCGCCAGUUCGUGGUCGUGUCCCCGAAGCGCAUCAUCUUCUACAGCUCGGAGCUGGACAAGCAAAACACGAGCGAUCCACUGCUCAUCAUCGAUUUAAGCAAAGUGUUCCAUGUCCGCCCGGUAACACAAGGUGACGUUAUACGGGCCGAUCCCAAAGAAAUACCGCGCAUCUUCCAGCUGCUGUACGCCGGCGAGGGUGAGGCGCGCCGGCCCGACGAGCAGCAGCCGUCCGACAUCGGCUCGUCCCGUAGCGAUGAGAAGCCGCUCACGAUGCAGUACAAAGGCCACGAGUUCCUCCAAAUCAGUUACCAUAUUCCAACGACUUGCGAUCUUCCCUCGUGCCAGAAGACGCUGUGGCACGUCUUCAAGUCACUGCCGGCGUAUGAAUGCAAACGCUGCCGGUUCAAGCUGCACAAGGAACACGUGGACAACAACAAUCCGCUCGCGCCGUGCAAGCUGCACCACGACCCGAACCAUGCGCGCGAGAUGCUGCUGCUCGCCACCUCGAACGAGGACCAGCACCGCUGGGUGACGCGCCUGUCCAAGCGCAUCCAGAAGAGCGGCUACAAGGCCAACUCGACCAACAACGUCGGUACGCUCGGCGGCAGCGGCAACACUUCGACGAUGGGCAGCACCGGCGGCGGCAGCAACAGUGGCAGCAGCACCGGCGGCACCAGCAGCGGCAUCGGCAGCAAUGGUAACAAUCUGCCCACCAGCAACUCCAACAACAGCAUGGAUUCAGCGAAAGUUUCGCCCAGCCAAUCGGCGCGCUCGAACAACAAGCCAAGCACGGCAGCGGUGGUACAGCGGUCGGCCACCCUGCCCUCGAACGCAUCGCUAAAGCAAUCGCCACCGUGAUGGGCCGGCCCGGGCGCCAACCGCGCGCAUCCAACCCUACGUCUGGUCGGGCAAAGGGAGGCAUUUUUUAAUAUUAAGCUUGCGGGCUGUGCGCACACACAUCAGCUACACGUCCCGGUAGCGGGUUUUUUUUUUUUAAACCACUCUUCUCCAUCCUAUAGUUGCCUUCUUUCUUUUCGCUAGCAUUACGGCAUUAUACUAGUACGGUGAAUGUCUUAAAAUGUGACAUACACAAACAUAGAGAUAAAGAAGGAGCAGGAGAAAGAGAGAGAGGGAGAGAGAGAGAGAAAGCUUGAGGCAGACUUAGAUAAAUCCAAUACGUAACUGUUCCGGUUGUCUUUCCAUUCCAAAAAAAGAAAAACAAACAUACGCCCCGGAGGGGACCGUCUAACGAUCAUUUGCGCGAUUGGUGGUGCGUCGCGUUCGUCCUUUUGUUUUUGCAAUAGCUUUAUAUCCCGUCUUUCAUCCUCACCCUUGAUUUGUGAUACCGAAAAGAGGAAUUCCACAGAGAGAGAGAGAGAGAGAGAGAGAGAGAGAGAGAGAGAGAGAGAGAGAGAGAGAGAGAGAGAGAGAGAGAGAGAGAGAGAGAGAGACAGACAGAGAGACAGAGAGGUAAAUGCAUUUCAUUUUACACAGUAACAGGGAAGAAACAAACAACCACACGUGUCAUAAAAGGCGCAGCAUCAGUAUUUUGCGCACGAAAAAAACAAACAAACAAACAAAAGAAGCAGAAACGCAGAGUCGGUUCUCGUGGUCAGUUUCCCACAGUAGGCUGUGAGAAGCAGAACCGGUGCGAUGGUGGUGGCAUCGGAUUUCGAAGAUUUUGCAUUUUGCGCGUUGUUAUGCGAGUAAAGGGAGCUUAGGGUUAGGGAAUUUGCGUUAGAAUUUGUUGACAGAGCGUUGCACGUUUCAUGCACGCCUACACACAUACACCUAUAUUCUCCCGCUCUCUCUCUCUCUCUCUAUCCAUCUCUCUCUUAUGCGUGGUCUAAAAUGAUUGCACGAUCGAUUUUUAACGUGAGAAGAAAAAGGGAUGGCCCACGCUCACGAAACGCCAGCCGGGCGUGCUUGUCCACUAUCCAACUUUUGUAUUGAUUUGAUUUUUUUUCCGCGAAUACGCUAGCACGAGGAGCGUAGACAAACAAACAAACAUAAAUCGGAGAACUGAACCUUGAAGGCAGGAAACAUUUUACCCUUUUAAUCAGAAGGAACGGUCCAAAAGCGGCCGUACUGCUUAGGAAACACUGCUCAGAGUGGGCGGUGGUGAACACGAAGAAGAAAUUAUCCGCAUUUAUGAUCCGGUUAGCUAUUUUCAUCGCCCAACGUACGAAGAGCAUACGUUCACCUCGCGUGGUUCAUUCGUUUUGAGUAGUUAUAACGACGACGGGUCACUCGAACAAAAGAGACACAAACAACAGCAAGAAAAAACCCUCCAUGCAAAUUGAAAACAUUAUGCUAAAACAAUUCCAUGCGGCGAAACUUAUACAUUUCUGGCGCUGCCAAAGACGUACCCUCUUUUUUUUGUUUUGCUUGAAAUUGUUGCCGUACAAAAUCAAACGCCAGGCAACACUAUGGACAUAGCUAACUAUAGGUAUAUGGCGUUGGACGAGCUUUAUUUAAUGCCGACGCUUUCGAAAAAACAUUUCCAAACUCAGCAGCGGGCGCCGUGUGUGUCGCCUUUAUCCUAACCGAGCGCGCCCCCCCCCCCGCCCUCUAUUUCUAUCCAUCCGCCCCCAUUUCAGUAUCGAACUUCAUCCACUGCAUUCCGCUGUACUGUAAGCAUCGUGGUAUUUUCGUUAGUAAACGGACGUACAUUGUUUUA